UUGUUUCUUCUCUGAUUCCUUUUCCCUCUCCGUGAGAGCGAGAGGUCAACGCGAUGUUUGAAAAAUCACUCUAUGACCUGAUUAAGGGUCUUCGGAACCACAAAGGUGGCGAGGAUGAGUACGUUCAAGCCUGUUUACGCGAAUGCAAGGCGGAAAUUAAGCUACAGGACAUAGAUAAGAAGGCAACGGCACUCCUGAAGCUGAUCUAUCUGGAGAUGUUUGGCUACGAUAUGUCUUGGGCCUCGUUCCAUGUUCUGGAGGUCAUGUCCUCCCCGAAGUACCUACAAAAACGAGUAGGAUAUCUUGGGGCCGUUCAAAGUUUCCGGCCAGAUACCGAAGUUCUGAUGCUGGCGACCAACAUGCUGAAAAAGGACAUUGUAUCGCCUAAUAUCCUCACCCUGUCACUCCCACUGGCCACUCUACCGCAUAUCAUCACACCAUCUCUUGCUAUGUCCUUACUCCCUGAUAUUCUGUCUCGCCUCUCCCAUUCGAGCGCGGUUGUCCGGAAGAAGUCCAUCGUGUGUCUCUACCGGCUGGCUCUAGUCUACCCAGAUGCUCUGAAGCUGGCAUGGCCAAAGAUUCAGGAUCAUCUCAUGGAUGAACAGGAAGAUAGCAGUGUGACUACUGCAGCUAUCAAUGUCAUCUGUGAACUUGGUUGGAGGCGACCGCACGAUUUUCUUCCUUUGGCUCCCAGGUUCUUUGAGCUUCUCGUGGACAGUGGCAACAAUUGGAUGGCCAUCAAGAUCAUCAAGCUAUUUGCUACCUUGACCCCGCUUGAACCGCGACUGACACGCAAGCUUCUUCGCCCAUUGACAAAUAUCAUCCAAACCACGACGGCAAUGUCCUUGCUCUACGAGUGCAUCAAUGGUAUCAUUCAAGGCGGCAUUUUAGAUGGCGAGGACAAUGAUCAAGAGAGAGAUGAGGUUGCGGCUCUUUGUAUCGGCAAGCUGAGGGGAAUGAUUGUCAUGGAUUCGGAUCCUAAUCUUAAAUAUGUCGCGCUUCUGGCAUUGAAUCGCAUUGUGACAACACAUUCUAUGUUGGUUUCCAUGCAACAAGACGUCAUUAUGGACUGUCUGGACGAUCUUGAUGUUUCGAUUCGACUUCAAGCCCUAGAACUUGCUGCCGGGAUGGUCACCAGUGAUACUCUUCAGGCAGUUGUGAAUCGUCUUUUUAGCCAGCUUCAACUGGCUUCUUCACAAGAUAGCCCUGAUUCCGGGACAGUGUCUGUUCCGGAUGAUGAGGAACUCGAAAAUUGGAAAGGUUCAAGUGGUGUCAUGGAUGCACUCAACAUGCCCAAUAACUAUCGAUCCGAGGUUAUUCACCGCAUUCUAGAUAUUUGCUCCCAGAACAACUAUUCGGAUGUCGUCGACUUCGAAUGGUAUGUUGGCAUUUUGGUUCAACUGAUCAGGCUUCUUCCGCCAUCAGAAGUGCACGACUACGGACACGAUUCCUCUACAGGAGGCCCAGAGGGUUCAACUGGCGGGAGGGCUACUGUCGCGUCUCGGAUAGGAUCCGAAAUUCGCAGUAUUGCUGUUCGUGUGAAGGGAGUCCGUCUGGAGGCUACCCGGGCGGCGGAGUCUCUGCUGCUCAUCGAUAACAGGCCGAUGCUAUUCCCCGCCUCUUCAAAUGUCGGGGAUGACGUUUUGGGACCUAUUGCAUGGGUUGCUGGAGAAUAUGCGGAUCAUCUCCAGUCACCGAGCCGAACUCUUCAGUCUUUGAUCGAUUCGUCGACUCUGUCCUUGCCUCCCAAUACACUCCAGCUGUUUUUACAAGCCAUUCCCAAAGUUCUGAUACAAGUUAAUCAAUCCUGUGAGACGAAGGAGGCAUGGAAGAGUGAACUUUCUCUUCUCUUGGCGCGGGUCCUGGAUUUCCUCGACGCACUAGCCGCUCACCCGGACUUGGACGUGCAAGAACGAGCCAUUGAAUUUCUAGAAGUCCUUCGUUUAGGGGCUGAGUCCCUUCAAUCUGAAACGGAGGGUGUUCCAUUCCUUCUAGCUUCCGUUAUUCCAAACUUAUUCGCGGGAUUGGAACUCAACCCUGUUGCAGCCAGCGCUCAAAAAAGGGUGAUGUUUCCCCCUGAUCUCCACCUGGAUGAAGCAUUCAACGAUGAUCUACCAGGCCUUUUCCAGGAAUUGGGGGGCUCUCUAGCGGAAACCACUCAGCAUCGUCUUAUUCAACAAUUUUAUCACGUUGCCGAUAUCAGUCCGCCUUCCCAUAAGCUGCCUCAUGAACAGCUGACCGCGGCAGAAAUCCAACUUGAUGCUUCCUACCAGAACAGUCUCAACCUCACGGCGGACUCCCCAGGCACUGUAGAUAGGAGAAAGGUUUACCGGAAAGAGCGCUAUCGGGAUGAUCCCUUUUACAUUGCUCCGCUAGACCCAUCAUUGGGCACGUCCACCCCGCACCAUGAUGCCCCACAUGCAUCCAGUGGUGACGCAUUGGAUAUCGAUUCGAUCCCUAUCGUCGACUUGAAGCUAGACGAUGACUCGAUCAGGCGAGCACGACGUGAUACUCUAGGGAGCCGCCGGGUGCAUACUGCCGCCAAAAUGGAAGUUGCGGCGGACGAAACAUUCGGGUCUGAAGAGUCGGUGGCCCUCAGUUACUCUGCUAAGGCUGGAGGGCCAGGCUUGAAGCGCUCGCUACUACAGGUUGACUCCAGUGGGCUCGGGCACCUGGCGGGGGCGAACGAUGGUCAAGGCCCUGGUUUAACCGGGGGUGAGGAGGAUAUCGAGAUGAGAAAAGCGAUGCAAAAUGUGGAGCAGAUGCGCCUGCGCAUGCAGCGAGCGUCAGAGCGAAUCGAAUUAGAGGGAACACCUGCCGAGGGCACUCUUGUGAAGAAGAAGGGGAAGAAAGGGAAGAAGGGCCAGGCUACUGAUCAGUCCGGCGAUACGAAAAGGAAGAAGAAGAAGCAUACGAGUGAAUAA